AUGCACAGCACAACUACAGCAUUACUCGCCAUAACCACACACGUAAGCAGGGGACUUAACCAGGCAGUCUUGGUGGCUCUUGACUUAUCGAAAGCCUUCGAUACUGUCAAUCACGCCAAGCUGUUCGAGGACAUAGAGAAGACCAGCAUCCGGCCAAGUUUGAAACAUUUGAUAAUCAAUUACAUGUGUGGUCGACAGUCAUAUGUCGAAUUCAGAAACAAGAAGUCUAAACCCCCUAGACCACCGGACGGCAUAGAGAUCCUAAUGUAUGCGGAUGAUUGUACAAUCAUGGCGUCGGACCCUAUUAUCGAUGACAUCUGUGAAAGAUUAAAUGUCUACAUAGCUGAUUUAGUACAGUUCUUUCAUCUGAGAAAUAUGAAGAUAUCCGCCGCCAAAUCCACAGCCACUCUUUUCACCACAUGUACGGUUGAAAUGAAGCUCCCACUGAACAUCAUUGUCGAUGGUGCAAAAUUUCCUACCACAAACUACCCCAAAAUUUUGGGUGUAGCGUUCGAUAGCCUAUUUAAGUCGUCCGCGCAAGCCACCGCUAUUUGCGAUAAGAUGAGAAAUGUUAGUGGUCCACAAAUGUGGAAGAAAGUUCGUCAGUUAGCUUACAUUGAUCGUGAAAAUGUGGAUAUUGAAGAAAGUGAUGUAAAAGCUAUUGCGAAUGACUUUUUCAGCAAUAUGAGUUCCUCUGAUGUUUCCUUUGACUUCGAUAGCUUGGUUGAAGAUCCCGAUGCUUUUUCCUUUCGAUUAAUUUCUGAAACUCAAAACGACAACCACAAAACAACAACAGCUAUGAAUACAAAUUCAAAACAAUCAUCCAAUUCGCAAUCGGGCGAAAAUCAAGAUGGUGGAGUAUCCAACACAACGGCGGCGGCGGCGACCACAUUUAAUCAUCCACUGGCAAAAUAUCAAGGACAAAAAUGGUCACAACUUUUCGACGUGGAAAAGGUACUGAAGCAGAUUCGUAUGGCUGAAAAAAUCCACAUUAAGGGCAAGGGAUCGCCAAAUGCCAGCGACAAUAACUCCCAUAACAAAAGUUCAAAUAAUGGAGGUGGUGGUGGCGGCAAUUCACCACCUGGCAAAUCACGCAAACAACUGCUGCGCCAGGUCCAAAGACUGAGUGGUACCGAUAUGCAUUAUUAUGGUAUUGUACCCAAACAGACGGCAAUGGGCGUCGUUGUGUGCAACGUCUGCAUGGGUAUCUAUACAAAAGUGGGUUUCAAUCAACACGUUAUGACCCAUCAUCCAACCGUUUGGGCAAGUACAUCGGCCAAAUUUACACCGCCAGCAAGUGAGACCAGUUUUGGCACCAAUGACAAUAGCCAGGAUAGUAUUAAGGGGGGUAAUAGUGAAAGUAACUCGAAUAGUGGCAUUUCUGGCGUGGUGGCUGCCGAACUAACAAAUUCGCCAUCGGAUUUAUCGGGGACAAUUUCAACGUGUUCAAAUGCUUCGUCCAGUUCCAUAUCGACGACAUCAUCGGCAGCUGUUACGAAUCAUCAGACGUCGGCGGCGGCGACGACGACGCCGUCCACAACAACGACAAGUUCACGCCAGAAAAGUGGUUCACGGUCGGGGAGUAAUUCUGGUGGACGUUCACGAAGUAAAAGCAAACAUCAUAGCUCUUCCUCAGCAGCUGCGGCAUCGGCAGCAGCUGCAUCAGGGUCGUCGGAAACGUCGCAUACAUCUUCGCGUGCCACAACUCCCGUAACAUCUACACAAACACCAAGUAAAAAGAGCUCCUCCAAAAGGAGUUCCUCAUCGGCUAGUUCAUCAUCCACUGUUGCUGCCGCCGCUGUUGUGGCUGCUUCUCCAAAAGAAAAUGUUGAUGUCAAACUGUUAACGGUUGCUGGAAGUCCGGCCAAUAACAACAAUACUAAUAAUAAUCCUAAUGCAACAACUUCGUUACCUAAAUCAUCUAUACCCUCAGUUUCAUCAUCAACAACAGCAACAACUUCAUUGCCAACAACUUUAGAAGCUUCACAAGCUGCCGCAGCCUCCUCCAGUAAUCGAAAUGUUGCUCUUUUUGGUUCAUCAUCUUCUUCAUCAUCCUCCUCCUCUUCUUCUUCGUCGUCGUCCUCUUCCUCCUCCUCAUCUUCUUCGUCAUCAUCCUCAUCGAAUUCUUCGUAUUCAUUGCCACCGACACCGAAAAUGAUGACAGCCAAUCUCCAAGAUAAUGGAACACCACCAUCCGGUGUAUUGGCUAGUAUUGCCGAAGCCUCACCCCCGGCAUCAUUAUCGCCCAAGGUUUUAGAAACCUCCAAGGAUACGAAACAACAAUUUGAUAAGAAAAAGGUGAAAAGUCCCGCCACAUUUAAUCUCAGUGAGGCUGGUGGUGGUAUGAUGGUGGAAGCGGCGGCAAAUGAUAGCUCUAAACCGAUGGCAAUGAUGCAGCAAAGUGGGACCGGUGGCGGCGGCCAGCUCCAGCAAUAUGAAGCUCAAAUUAGUGAACUAAAUCAGGCGGUAUCUUCAAUUACCAGCUGUGCUGCUGGUGGUGGAGUAUCGACAUCGACGGCCAUACAUCAAUCCACAGAUGUUGCUGCUUCGGAGAAUAAGAUAAAUGGUGGUGGUGGAACGCUAAACCAAUCUCCCCUGGAUGCCAACAAUAUGACAAUUAAAUUGGAGACCCCCAAUGGUAGUAGUGCCGGUAUGGGCAACAACACCUCGGAUGAAUGUCAACAACUAAUGGGUGGCAUUACAGGCCAGCCACAACAUCCAUCCUCCUCUGUAGCAACACAACACUCGUCGGCAGCAGCAGCCCAACAGGAAAUUGUCAUGCAACAAACUGCAAUGAACACCUCCGAUGAUGGUCAAAUGGUCCACAACUCCUCCGAUGAUAGUGCCAUGCUUAAUCAUGUAUUGGAAUCAAUGCUUGAUUGUAAACUAAUAAACGAAAUUCUAAAUGCCGAAACAGAAACUGAAAUUAAUUUUGAGAAUGUUUUAAAUGAGGCAAAUGCUGCUGCCGCCGGUAAUGGUACGGCGGCGGUGGGGGCUCAAGGCCAAAUGAUACUGCAGCAGCAGCAACAGCAGCAGGCUGUUUAUAUGGAACAGCCAUUAACGAAGCGUAUGCGCUAUGAUGAUGCCUCCACUGAUCUCAAUCAACAGCAUCAGCAAAUGUCAGCUACAGUGGUUACGGGCCAAGAAAUUAACGAUUUUUCUGUAUUUCCCCAGCAGCAGCAACAACAACACCUGCAUCAACAUCCAAAUCCAACACAAUUUAAUCAUCAAUAUGAUGCCAAUGUAAUGGUGGGUCCAGGUGGGAAUACCAUGACUUUGGAUGCUGGCCAGUAUCAGCAAACCACUAUUGAUCCCAUGCAAUUGCAAUUGUUAUACCAGCAGCAGCAGCAACAACAGCAACAAUCUCUAGACGCAUCAGGUGGCUAUGUAACGGCCGGUGGUUCUAUGAUAAAUACCCUCAAUAUUACAACAGUUCCUCAACACCCGCAAAUGUAUGAGCAGCACAAUGGCGGCCCCAACACCACCACCAUGGUGGAUACUAAACAAAUAUUGGAAUUAUGUUCAAAUACUGCUGGUCAACAACAGGCAACCACUGAUUUGGUCAAAACUGCUGGCGGAGAUUUUGUAAAUCUAGCCGACGAGGUGGAUGUUAGCCAGCAAUUUCAAUUAUUUAAUGUUCCUUCGUUGACGGAUGAUAUGGAUGUGACAGCAACAACGACAGCUGCUGCGGUUGUUAAUCCUCAGCAGGUGACGACACAUCAUAUUGUGGAACGGCAAUAUGUUAUGCCUGGUGGCGGUGGUGUUCAGGGCAUCCAGGGCGAUGAAGAGCAGUUGAUUUAUGCCAUAACAACAACAAAUAAUAAUGGUGGUGUGGUAGGUGCUGCAGAUAUGAGCCAACAGCAGCAACAACAAGUGUUGGCGGAAUUUUUAAAUCAGGCUGCCAACAGCUAUGAGCAGCAGCAGCAGUUACAGCAACAACAGGCUACUGCUACCCUAAUUUUACAAGAACAACAACACAACACCAAUGGCUUUAAUAAUAACAUAAACAAAACGUCCGAAAUGUUAUUCGAUGACCUCUUGGAAUUUGAUUACAAUUUAAUUGAGACCGUUAAAUCUCUUGGCAGUAGUAGUUCCAGCUCCUCCUCCACCUCCUCCUCAUCGUCUACCAUUAAAAAUGAAAACCUUAAAAAUGAACGAGACGGCGGUCAAACGUCCUCGUCGUCGUUGUUGCGUUAUCAUCAUCAUCACCACAACAAUGAAGACUUCUAUUAUAAUGUGUUCUUUUAUGCGGGUAUACCCAGACCUAUGGCCAUUAAUAGCUUUGGUCUAAUUAAGCUACCUCAGGAUAUGGCCACGACAUUUCGUAAACAUUUACUAACCACACGUAAGGCCAAUAAUAAUAGUCUAAUGGCAGUAUUGGGCGGGGCAGCAGGGGGUGGUGUCUUGCUAAAUGGUACAGCAGGAGCCGUAACAACAGCCGCUGCUGCUGCUGCACGUUUUGCUGCCAACAAACAACAGCAACAACAACAAGUUCCUGGAUUUUUUGCCAACAAUACUCAAUCUAACGCCUCCAAUAGCUCUAAUCAUCUGCAGCAAAUAGCAAAUAGUAAUAAACAAAAUACAAAUUCAACAUCAUCAGCUGCCUCAGCAGUAGCAGCCUCUUCAUCAUCCUCCUCCAACUCAACAACAUCAGGAAGUUUGAAAAAUAAAUCUUUAAAUAAUCGCCUGACUAACUCAGCCACUGCGUCUGGUGUUUGUCCCUAUAAUGCCAAGACCAUAAUUGUUAGCAGUUCGGCGGCAGCCAUUAGUUCUGAAAGAAAUUUGAAAUUUAUUAAACGUAGUCUCAUUGCAAGGGUUCAUGAUUUCAAAACAUCAUCAUCAUCCCAACAACAACAAUAUACAGUGAAAAAAUUGACUGAUAUACUUAAUGGCAAAAAGCCAACAAGUAGUAGUAGCAGCAACAGCAACAACUCAUCAUCAUCCUCUGCUUCUUCUAAUGCCGCGGGCUCCUCUGUAAGUUGUAAUGAUACAACAACAAAUCCUAAUUUAGAUAUUAAUUCUGAGGUGGCUGCAGAGAAACAGGCUCGCCUAAAUCGUGUCAGUCGUUUCUAUGAACGUAGACGUAAAUUAUUGAAUAUGACACAAAAGCAACAACAACACCACCAGCAGCAUCAACAACAAAAGAAUAAUAGACAUGCUCCUUAUCAGAUAGUUGCAUAG